AUGGAUCGCUCGGAGGUGGUGCGGAGGGAGUACACCUUCGGGGACACCUCCCUGUCUAUCUACUCGCGCAAGUACGCCGAGGACACCACCAAGGUAUCCAUCUCGAUGCAGCUCACCGUGGAGCAGAUAUGGGGGUCGGAGAAGGAGGUAGCCGUGGGGAAGGAGACCGGCGCUGCUGCGCCGGCCCCAGACCUGCUGGGCCUGGACAUCUGGCCCGGCGCCCUCGCCCUGUGCAACUACUUGGCCAUGCACCCGAGCCUGGUGGGGUGCCGGCGGGUGCUGGAGCUGGGGGCGGGCAUGGGCCUGCCGGCCCUGCUGGCCGCCAAGCUGGGCUGCUCCUCCGCCCUGCUCACAGACUACGAGCCCCUGGUCUUGGAGCUGGCGGCCGAAAACAUCCGCCUGAACGGCGUGGGCGACAUCGCGGCCACGCAUCGCCUGGACUGGGAGGACCCGCAGGGCACCCUGGCCCCCGGCCACCCCCACUCCUUCCACGUGGUGCUGGCGGCCGAUGUGCUCUACAUCUCCGACAUCGUGCUGCCCUUCGUGGGCAUGCUGCAAACCCUGCUGCACCCCGAAGGCAUCGCGCUGGUGGCGCACCAGACGCGGCGCCCGCUGGUGCUGGACCCCGAGACCGGCGUGCCGGGUCUGUCGCGGCGCGACGAGCCUUACGAGGCCUUCCAGGCGGCGGUGCGGGCGGCGGGCCUGGUGCCGCGCCAGCUGGGCGCGCUGGACGCCGGGGGCAGCGCUGGGCCACUCUACCUCUCAGCCCUGGCCUGGGAGCAGGCCUACAUCGCGACGCUGGAGCCGGUGGCGCGACUGCGGCCUCUGAAAGGCUGA